GCUUUCGAAUUCCAUCCAGCUCUUUUGCUUAUCUGGUCUACUCUCGGCUUUUGAUACACCUUUGCUGCCUAAUGCACUCCAAUCUUCAAUCAGCUAGCUGUCGGCCAUACACAAUCAGUCCGACGACUACCUGUCCUGAGCGAUAUCAUCUGUACCAAAAUGUGAACGCGCAUGUGUUGGAUAACUCAUCGGGGGCACAUCCUCAUCACCAACAUCAAUCUUCAUCACUACAGCAUCCGCACCAUGGUGUUUAUCAAUCUACAUUAUCGAAUGGUGUUGAUAAUCAGCCCGCUGUUUGGCCGCUUCGUCAAGAUUCACGGGUGCAGUCUGAUCCUCGUUGGCAUGCACCACAUUUGUAUGUGACACCAAGUGCCGUUCCUUCGAUUGGGCACCCUGUUGCCACACAUCCACCACCGACCAUUGCCCCCAGGACCGGAUUGUAUAGACACCCUACUAUUGUAUCAUACUCCCAGCCCACAGUUAUCUCAGACCACAUUUCAACUUCAUCUGGUGGGACCCACUCGAAUCCCACUGUCUUAUCUCAGAAUGGUCAUCCCGAACAGCGGGCACAAGCCACACACUUAUACUCCUCCCCGCAGCGGGAUGCCAUUGGUCGAUCGGGUACACGGUGCGUUUACUCGUGCUUCCCGAUUUUUGACUGCAAUAUACGAACGUAA